AUGCAUUUCUGCGAGAGGGAGGAGACGACGGCCCAAAGGAACGUGGAUGAUCGGGCAGACAAACCACAAAGCGACAUGGGUAGUGAUAGAGAGGCCAAGCUAAGUACGGGAAUAAACGAGAAAUAUUGCUUCACUAUCUACACGUCGGACUAUGAGAAUGGUCGAGCCAGCAGCGACGACAACGAUGGGGAUACAUAUAACGAGGCCAGUAUCGGGCUUAUCUCAGAACAGCCACGGAAGAGCAGCCACAAAGAACUAUGCUCAAAGACAUUGUUAAUCAUACUUUUGAUAAUAUCCAAUGCCGUCUGGAUUGUUGUGAUAUCACGAACUUGGUAUGGAACUCGAGAUCUACUUGAGACGUGCGGCAACAACAAAUAUCCCGCAGAUUUCGUUUCGAAAGAACCAGUACCGCUGAAGCUCAAGAUAACUAACUUUGAUGACUUGCUGCGUUACAACACAACCAGUCAACAAGUCUACCGAGAGAUGGAUCCUUCACUACCUCAGUACUUUGGCACUCCAAGUCCCGCUAUCGAUGAAGCGUGGGAGAAGCUCCUCCACUAUCAAUACCCUGCCGUCAGUGAUGAAGAGAUAGCGAGCAACGCGGCCCUGUCGUUCUUGUCAACAGACAAACACCCCGUCACUGGCAAAUACUAUGGCGCUCUAGACGUGUUUCACAAUCUCCAUUGUCUCAACAUGGUGCGAAAGCACAUCGACAAGGACUAUAAUGGAGGAGACCAUAUGAAGAAGAAGAAGAAGAAGAAGAGACAUGGCAAGGGGAUGGAUAUGGAGAGUUCCUUUGACGCCGCUGCAAUGGAUCAUCUCUAUCACUGUAUGAAUCAUAUCCGACAGAGUCUUCAAUGCCGUCCAGAUCUCAGUCCUGCUGCCAUGCAUGUAUUUCAGGACACAGAUGGAUCGCAGUUCUUCUUGGGCAAUGCAAAGAGUCAUUCAUGCUAUGACUGGCAGAGUAUCAUGGAUUGGGCUGCAGCAAGGGAAUCGACACUGGGCUAUACUCAACCUGUUGACUGA